AUGAAGAACUUCUUUGGUAGCGGCAAGAAGCCAUCAUCUUCCACGUCUUCCUCAAGGAAGCCCACCAACGGAGCAAACGAGCAUUCGAGUCUCGACGACCGUGAACGUGACGAUACCGCUCAGUCGCACUCGGAGUCUUCGUCGCCCACACGAUCUCCGACAAAAUCUUCUUCAUCUAGGAGAUCAUCCAGGCCUGCCUCUUACGCAGAGUCAAACAAGUCUUCACACUCGUCUAGACUCUCGAGGCAUUCUACCGACGCGGGCCACCGCUCCUCCCGCCGGCCUAAAUACGAGCCCGCCACUCACCCGCUCAACCUCCCACCCGAAGAGCGCAAACGCCUGUCUGCUCUCGCCGCCGCCAUGAACGGCAGCUCUAUGGAUAUCGACGGCGAGCCUGUCAACGGCGCCCGAGCUACCACUCCUCCGAACCCUUCCGCCCAGACCAACUUUUCGGUGCCUAUUCCCAACGGCUCUACUCAUGAUGGCGCCCCCCCUCCUCCUCCCCACAAGUCCAACCCCUCCAGCCCGACUCCUACGCCAAAGGAUGAUGCCGAAUCCUACAAGGCUGCCGGAAACCGUUUCUUCAAGGACAGAAACUAUUUCAAGGCUAUCGAGCAGUACAGCAAAGCUGUCGACCUAUUCCCUUUCGAUGCCACCUAUCUAGGCAACCGAGCUGCUGCUUACAUGUCUAAUGGUCAAUACGAGCAUGCUCUUGAGGAUUGCUCCCGGGCUGCCGACUAUGACCCCCAGAAUGCCAAGAUCCUCCUGCGUCUUGCCCGCAUCUACACCGGCCUAGGCCGCCCGGAGGAAGCCAUGACAACCUUUAGCCGCAUUGACCCUCCCCCAUCUGCCAAGGAUAUGGCCCCGGCCAAGGAGAUGCUGCACCAUAUUGAGUCAGCUCGCAACACCCUUCAGCGAGGUUCUGGAUCUGGAAUGUCCAUGGUUCUUCACGCUCUUGACCUGGCUGAGCGUGGCCUCGGCCCCAGCGUCACCAAGCCCCGCAAGUGGCAGUUGAUGCGGGGAGAGGCCUAUCUCCUGAUGGGACGUGAGAACUCCCUGGGCGAGGCGCAGAACAUUGCCAUGUCUCUGCUGCGACACAACAACCAGGAUCCCGAGGCACUUGUCCUUCGUGGACGCGUGCUGUACGGCCAGGGAGACAACGAAAAGGCUAUCCAAUGCUUCCGUAUGGCCAUUAGCUGCGACCCCGACUUCCGUGAUGCAGUCAAGUGGCUCAGAAUUGUGCAGAGACUUGACCGCAUGAAGGAGGAUGGCAAUGCCGACUUCAAGGCUGGUCGUCUGGAGGAUGCCAUCCAAAAGUACACCAAUGCCCUGGAGAUUGACCCCUCCAAUAAGAACAUGAAUGCGAAGCUGCUACAGAACCGGGCGCAGUGCAAGAUCAAGCUUAAGCAGUUUGAUGAUGCCAUCGCUGACUGCGAACGCGCCAUUAGCCUCGAUCCUGGCUACACCAAGGCUCGCAAGACCAAGGCCAACGCGUUGGGCGGUGCAGAGAGAUGGGAGGAUGCUGUGAAGGAGUGGAAGACAGUCCAAGAAUUCGACCCCGAGGACCGUUCAGUCCUAAGGGAAAUCCGCAGGGCGGAGCUGGAGCUGAAGAAGUCUCAGCGAAAGGACUACUAUAAGAUCGUAGGCGUUGAGAAGACAGCCACACCCGACGAAAUCAAGCGAGCCUACCGCAAGAUGGCUGUCAAGCUCCACCCCGACAAGAACCCCGGUGAUCCCCACGCCGAGGAGAAGUUCAAGGACUUGCAGGAAGCCUAUGAAACCUUGAGCGACCCUCAGAAGCGAGCCCGUUAUGAUAAUGGUGAUGACCUCGUCGAUCCCAACGACAUGUUCGGCGGAGGCGGCAUGGGUGGAGGCAUGGGCGGCAUCGACCCCGAGAUUCUGUUCAACAUGAUGGGUGGCCAGGGCGGCUUCGGCGGCGGUGGCUUCCGGUCAGCGGGCGGUUUCCCUGGCGGCGGUGCCAGCUUCAGCUUUGGCGCCGACUCAGACCAAGACUCUGAGGAUCGAGAGUACGAUACAACGGACGACGAAGAGGAAGAGGAAGAGCAUGACGAUGAUGACGACUAUAAAGCCCCCUUUGCCGAGAACCCACGAGCAGGAGCCCCCAAGAACAGCAAGCUCCGAGAUCAUAUCGAGCAGCGCCGAGAGGCCCAUGAUCGGCUCGUUGACACAGUACGGCGAUACGGCACGGUGUUCCUGGCCGCUGCCGUCUUACUUCCAGCGCAAGUGGUGCUCCUGGCUCUGGUGGGCAUUGGGUUCAUUUACAUUUGUAUGAGACGCGUCCGGCACCCCGGCGGAGACCGGUUGCCGACGUUCUAG